GAGCCGGAGCCGGGCGCCGAGACCGAGCGACAGAGCGGCGGGACUGGGCCACGCAGAGGCGGCCUGGCGAGUCCUCCCGCGACCCGAGCCAGGUCCCUGAGAGCCGGGCCCCGGACUGGCCCGGGAGUCAGGAGGAGCGCCAGAGCAGAUCCCGAGUAAGGCUUUCCUCGGCCUCCGACGAGGGCUGGCCCUUUUGAAGGCGCGUCCUCCAACAGCUGGACCAGACAGGCCACCAUGACCGAGAACUCCACAUCCACCCCUGCGGCCAAGCCCAAGCGGGCCAAGGCCUCCAAGAAGUCCACAGACCACCCCAAGUAUUCAGACAUGAUCGUGGCUGCCAUCCAGGCGGAGAAGAACCGCGCUGGCUCCUCGCGCCAGUCCAUCCAGAAGUACAUCAAGAGCCACUAUAAGGUGGGUGAGAACGCCGACUCGCAGAUCAAGUUGUCCAUCAAGCGCCUGGUCACCACUGGGGUCCUUAAGCAGACCAAAGGGGUGGGUGCCUCAGGGUCCUUCCGGCUGGCCAAAAGCGACGAGCCCAAGAGGUCAGUGGCCUUCAAGAAGACGAAGAAGGAAGUCAAGAAGGUGGCCACGCCAAAGAAGGCAGCCAAGCCCAAGAAGGCUGCCUCCAAAGCCCCAAGCAAGAAGCCCAAAGCCACCCCAGUCAAGAAGGCCAAGAAGAAGCCGGCUGCCACGCCCAAGAAAACCAAAAAACCCAAGACUGUCAAGGCCAAGCCAGUCAAGGCAUCCAAGCCUAAGAAGGCCAAACCAGUGAAGCCCAAAGCCAAGUCCAGUGCCAAGAGGGCCAGCAAGAAGAAGUGACAAUGGGGCUUUUCUUGUGGACAGUCCUGCCUGUCUCCUAUUUUCUGUAAAUACUUCUCUCUUUUCUCUCUUGAUCUUCAUCUGCAGUCCUUUGCCCCUUAUUUGGAUGCCUCAGAAAUUAGGGAAUAAUCCAUUUUUCCUUAACCAGUCGCUCAAGGACAGCAACCACAAAUCUCAUGUCUAAUGAUGAGAAUGUACUUAUAUUUUGUUUCGUUGACUUGUUAUUAAUCUACUUAAUGGGUUUAGGGACUUGGGUGGGUUUGUGUGUUUUGUUUGGUUGGAUGGCUUGUUCAUUAGGAAGGUAAAGGGUCAGGAGAGAAUGGGCAAGGCCGCUCGUUCGGACUAGAAGAGGGGGAGCCUGGAAAUGGUAAGGUUUGUAGGAGUAGCUUUAAGGUGAGCCAGCCUUCUCUAGGUUGCACACCGCUUGUGAGAGUUCCAGAACUUUGGUGGGGAGAGGGGAGGGGUGGCAGCAGCUGGAUGGCAAAGGAGGGAGUGGG